AUGCUACACGGCAUUGGGAAAGAUUCUGCUAUUGACAACAUCGACGAGAAAUACGAUCGGCUCGUUGAACACCUCAACGACCGCUCGAGGAAGGCUGAAAGUUUUGAAACUAUCAAGAGACGCCAGUCUUUGGACGCUCUUGAGCUGAUAAGUGGAGCCUCACGAGCCGUAGACAACCAGGAACUCGCAAUCCGAGCUCACAAUACUCUACAGAGAGGCAAUAAAAGAAGACCUUAA